GACAGUAGCUGGGAGACUACCCUGGCUCAGCCAAUGACAGGCCCAGAAUAGAAUCAGCUGGUGGGGAGCUAUUUUGAACGGGAGCUGUGAAGUGAAGCAAGGAGCUAAAUUAGAGGCAGACACCCCUGACGCAAAGAAAGAAAGAAAGAAAGAGGGGGAAGAAAGAAAGGCAGACAGAGAGAGAGAAGGAGAGAGAGAGAGGAGAGAGAGAGAGAGAGAGAGAGAGAGAGAGAGAGAGAGAGAGAGAGAUAAAGAGAGGAGAGUUUCUGUCGGUCUGGGCUUCCUCCCAGCCCGGCUCUUUCCUACCGCCCUCGCAUUUAGUCAGCGAGAGCUCCCGGCGGAGCAUCCACACACCCGCCGCCGCCGCCGCCGCGCUCCUCCUCCCCUCCUCUCCUCCUCCUCCUCCUCCUCCGCGGCUCUGUUUAUUCUGUCUCUCAUAAAGGAUCGAUCUGUUAGCUCUGUUCCGCCGCGCCGCCGCCGCUGACCCGUCCCCCGCGUGACUCAGGGCCGCCGCGCUCUCUCUCUCCCCCCUGGCACUCUCUCCCCCCCGGCACUCUCUCCGCGGACCUGUUGCAGCGGCUCUGAAGGAGGAGGAGGCGGUUCCGGCGCUUUCCGCCGCCGCCGCCGCCCGUCCGUCCGUGCCGCGAUGUACCUGUACGGGCUCGACGACUCGGAGCCGGGCUCUGCAGACUCCUACACCAGCCGCCCCUCUGACUCGGACGUGUCCCUGGAGGAGGACCCCGAGGCCCUGAGGAAGGAGGCCGACAGACAAGCCCUCGCCACGCUCGAGAAGGCCAAGACCAAACCUGUUGCCUUUGCUGUCAGGACUAACGUCGGCUACAACUCGGGUCCCAACGAUGACGUUCCGGUGGCGGGCAUGGCCAUCUCCUUCGAGGCCAAAGACUUCCUGCACAUCAAAGAGAAGUAUAACAACGAGUGGUGGAUCGGGCGCCUGGUGAAGGAGGGCUGCGAGGUGGGCUUCAUCCCCAGCCCCGUGAAGCUGGAGAACACCCGGCUGCUGCAGGAGCAGAGGAUGAGACAGAACCGCCUCAGCUCCAGUAAGUCUGGGGGAAGCUCCAGCCUGGGCGACGUUGCCACGGGAACGCGCAGACCCACUCCCCCCGGCACAGCUCACGUGGAAAUGUCCACGGUGGGCUUUGACGUUGAGCCCCUGGACCUGGACUCGGAGGAGCCCUCCGAACCCCAGGCAGACUCCCGCUCCCCCAGGGCCAGCGCCGGCAGUGUCACCUCCCCCCAGGCAAACGCCCACCGCCUCCCCUUCUUUAAGAAGAUGGAACAUGUCCCCCCUUAUGACGUGGUACCUUCCAUGAGACCCAUAAUUCUGGUGGGGCCCUCCCUCAAAGGCUAUGAGGUUACUGACAUGAUGCAGAAGGCUCUCUUCGACUUCCUCAAACACAAGUUUGAGGGCAGGAUAUCCAUCACCCGGGUAACGGCGGACAUCUCCCUGGCCAAGCGCUCCGUCCUCAACAACCCCAGUAAACACACCAUCAUAGAGCGCUCCAGCACCCGCUCCAGCCUGGCUGAGGUGCAGAGCGAGAUCGAGCGCAUCUUUGAGCUGGCACGUACCCUGCAGCUGGUAGCCCUGGAUGCCGACACCAUCAACCACCCCGCCCAGCUGGCGAAGACUUCCCUGGCCCCCAUCAUUGUCUACAUCAAGAUCGCCUCACCCAAGGUGCUCCAGAGGCUGAUAAAGUCCCGGGGGAAGUCCCAGGCCAAACACCUCAAUGUGCAGAUGGUGGCAGCAGACAAGCUGGCCCAGUGCCCCCCAGAGCUGUUUGAUAUCAUUCUGGAUGAGAACCAGCUGGAGGACGCCUGCGAGCACCUGGCCGACUACCUGGAGGCGUACUGGAAGGCCACCCACCCCCCCAGCUGCAACCCCCCCAACCCCCUGCUCAACCGCACCAUGGCGACGGCCGCCCUGGCCGCCUCCCCCGAGCCCGUCUCCAACCUGCAGGGGGCGUACCUGGUUCACGGAGAACUGAAGCAGGACGGGCGUCUGCUGGAGCGCGGCGGUUUCCACGGCGACGUCGGCGACGGGAGGCGGCGGCCGCAGCAGCAGCCGCAGCAGCAGCGCAUCUACUCGCGCCCCGCCUCGCGGGCCACGCCCCUGGGCGGGCGGGGCCUCUCCCGGCAGGACACCUUCGACUCGGAGACGCAGGGCAGCCGGGACUCGGCCUACACCGAGGCGGGGGACUCCUGCGUGGACGCGGAGACCGACCCCUACGAGGAGCCCCCGCCUUUCCACCGCGGGGGGAACUCCCGCUUCCACAGCCGCCGGGCAUCGUGGGAAGACCAGGGGGCGGAGCCCGACCCGGAGAACCUCGACCUGGAGGAGGAGCAGCACGCCCGAUCCAAUCAGAGAGAGCGGUACUGCCAGGAGCCUGCCGACUACAACAAGAGCCAGGAGGACUGGGGGAGGGGCGUCUUUAUCCACUGAACAAGCCAUUUGCCCUGAGGAUGUCUGACAGACACAGGGGGAGGGGCCUGGGAGGAGAGGGGAGGGGAACAGGUUUGAUUGACAAGUUAAGCAGUUAAUUUAGAAUAAAUUAGUUUACAACAAAAUGGACCUUCUCUCACAUAGCUAGCAAUUGUCAAGUCUAAAAACACAGCAAAUACUGCCAGGAUCUAAAAUUGUUUUUGAAGAUAUAGACUUUAUAUGUUAAUUUGAAGAGUGACAGAAGGGUUUCACUUACAGUUAUUCUAAUCAAUUAUACUUUUUGGUAAGCGCUUGGUAGUACAGCGUAGAAGUGGCCAGGAUUAAACAGGAGAAGAAAGGAAGCCAUCUUUAGGCCUGUCUUCUUCAGUCUUAAGUUUCAGGGCCUGUUCAGCUUGCGGGCUUCCCUCUCUUCCCGCUACCCCUCUUCACCUCAACUCUUAACCUCUCUGGAAUAAAUGUUGCCAUAUUUUUUUUAUUUAUUUCAACCUUAUUUAUUUAUUUAUAGAAUUACUGCCUUGAAUCGUAAAUCUCAAAACCCCAAAGAAUUUCGCUGAUGUGCUUUAUAGUGUAGACCUGCGGUGGUGCCAGGUGCUGGACGUCCCUUACUGUUGGGUGGAGGGUGAGAGUAGUUUUGUUCUGGUAGUAGCUCUGGUAAUAGCUGGCUACUGCUGUGACUGGAAUGUCAUGACAGUAUACAAGUCCUGCAGUCCAAUCUGAUUGCUUCUACCCAUAACUAUGACAAAAGUGUCCUGCUAUUGCCACGCCCACACUCAAUCACCAAUCACAAGAGAUGGAAUAACGGCAACACACUCUUGCUCACUCUUGACACCUUCAUAUCCAUGUCAUUAAUACUCCAUGAUGCUUCAUGACACGUCAUAACAUGUCAAAAACAAUUUCACAUUUUACAUUUUGACAGUUGUCAUGAUAGUGGUACGUAUAUACAGUUAUGAGAGAAUGUUUGUGAACCCUUUAGGAUUUUCUAUAAUUCUGCAUAAAUUUGUUAAUAGUUCAAGUGAACCUUGGUAAACAAAUAACACGUUUUUAUCUUUCUCAUUUCUUUAACGAACAGAUUGAUCCAAUAUUAACAUUCUUUGUCGGAACGACUUUGUGAACCUUUGGAUUAAUGGGUGGCACCCAUUUUUAAUGCCAUGACAACCAAAUGCUUUCUGUAUCUACUGAUCACACCCACACAGGCUUUUGGGCUUUUGGCCCAUUCAUCUUAACAGACCUGCUCCAGCUUGUGGGCUGUCUUGCAAAAACUGCCCACUUUUAAGGUCCUUCCACAACAUUUCAGUUGGAUGAAGGUCUGGACUUUGAAACAUAAAAUCUCCUCUUCUUCAGACCUUCUGUCGUAGGCUUACUGUGUUUAGUAUCGUUGUCUUGUUGCAUGGCCGACUUUCUGUUUCAUUUUGGCUCACAGGCAGAUAACCUGAAAUUUUCUAAUUUUCUACUUAAAGCUGGAAUUCACACGCCAACAAAACAAUCCCAAACCAUGAUGCUCCUCCUCCGUGCUUGGUUGAGAUGAGGCUUCAGUGUUGGAAUGGCGCAGACUUGGCUGUUUGGAGAUGGGCAGCAGUACCCCUCUUAAUGAACAUCAGUUUCCUCCUUGCCAUCCACAAAUGCAUGCCGUUCAUGUUCAGAAUUUUUCUGAGGGUUGACUGAUGAACACUGACAUCGACCAAUGCAAGACAGGCAUGCAGAUCUUUAGCUGUUACCCUGAGGUUCUUUAUGAGCUCCUGCAUUUUUGUACACCUUCCUCUUGGAGUGAUUUAUGUUGGAUGACCACUCCUAGGAACAGUUACUAUGAUGAUGGAUUAGCUCUGCCAGUGCUGCCAGUCUGCCAGUUCGUGGAGCCUGAAAUCUUGAGAAAAGAUUAUGUAGGCCUUUCCUGACUGAUGAGCAUCAACAGGACUUUUUCUGAGGACCUCAGGGCAUGGUGCUGUUCCUCAAAGCUCAUUUGUGAAGGAUGAACUCUGAUGACCUCUGAUGCUGACAAAAUUUCCACUAUUUCUAUGUACAAGGCCACCAAAACUCACACUGAAGUGUCAUCCAAUUGAUUGACACACAUGGCUUGAAUUACCCCCUUACCUGAGCUGAUUAACCUUGUUCACAUACUUUUUCUGGCAACGUGUAUGUCAGCUUUGUAUGUAUUCAUGUUUGCCUGUUAUAAGGACAUAAGUUGAUGACCUAAAGUCAUUUUUGUUUGAAUUUAUGCAGAAAUAUAGAAAAUCCAAAAAUGGUUCCCCAAACCUUCUAUCGCCAUUGCAUAUACUUGUGUAUAUGCCUUCUGAUAAGUUUCAUUAACAGCAUCACAAAACCCCUAUUAUGGCACAUGUGACAUUAACACUCAGUGUAAGUUACUUACAGUGUAACUUAUUUGUAUAAAAUGCGAGUUCAGUAGUAUGUCCUGUUGUGGCAAUUAUUAUCCAAAAUUACGAAGGUUCUCUAUAAGAUGUGUGGGAUUUUUCACACUGUUCCCACCGCCAGUGGCAUGAGUUUAUGCUCUGACUCAAAUUCUGCCAUUGUUUUCUGAGGCUAUCAGCAGUAGUUUGAUUUAUCCUGGGUACCAUUUGUGAGUUUUAGAGGAGAUGCAAUCAUAGCCUUUACACUACGGAAUUCAUUCAUUUCAAUGGUGGAAACUGCCCCCUGGUUUCUCAACAGUUAUCAUUGGUGCCUGACUGUAGCCAGAAAUUUAAAAUUUAUUAAUUUGUUUUUUUUUUAAUGAAAAAUGACAAUUUCUUUAGAAAUUGUACCGCUCUGUGCUCCUAGGAGCAAAAAAAAAAUCAAAAUGGUCUUUUAAGAUCAGGGCAGAUAGUAGGACAGACUUCCUCAGUGGGGAGGAGGGAAAGCACACAAUGUAACAUAGAUGAGGGGUGUGGUCUUUCCUGGCUACUCCUGGAAUACUGAUUUCCAGGCCCUAAAUGUCACUGGGUCCACAAGUAUUUGACUUUUUUGCUGGGCUUUCUCUCCUGCCAAGAGCUGUGGGAAACGUGCAGUAGCUCUUGAAGGUGGGCGCUUGUGGCAUACCAAGUCCUCUGGCUCUGAAAAUGAGCAUUUCCUUAUUAAUCAGGAAAUUUCUGGAAAAUCUGAAAUCUGACAGACACAAAAAUAGGUCUCCUAAAUCAGUGCCUCAACUGCAACUGGACAAACAGGGCCUCACCACUACCAGAGUCAGUUUUCAUCCCAUAACAAACACAUCCAUCUGUACACCCAUAAACACAGUGACACUAUACACUCACAUCCACAGUAUACACCCACGCACAUCCACAUUGUACACCCAUUAACACAGUGACACUAUACACCCACAUCCACAGUAUACACCCACGCACAUCCACAUUGUACACCCACAAAAACAUUAACACUAUACACCCACAUCCAUGAAGUACAACCACAAAUACAUCCACACAAUUAGCCUACGAAAGCUUUUAUGUGCAGUUUGCUUCAGUUACAGAUUUCAUGUCUUGUUCUGAGACACUAAAUUGGGUUGGGAUUGGGUAUGUCUGUGUGUUUGUGUGGGGGUGGGGGUGCUAAGUACUAAGUUGAGGGAUGGGGGGAGGAUUGUUCUACUGCACAGUUGGUAGGUCAAUGAAAAUCUUCCUGAUGUUUGACUUUCUCACAAGUUCAUAAACAGGGAUUCUCCUUUGUUUCACCUUUGUCCCUACCUUGUUGCCUGAAGUACCUGGAAUCCAUGUUGUUUUAUGAAUGAGUAAAAUACAGUUAGCAAACAUAGUUAGUCCAACAGACUAGUCCAGAACACUACCUGCCCUGUGACAGAAGGGUAUAUUCAUGUUUUGUAAUGGAUGGAGAUGGCUGUUCCUAAGCUUUGAUGACAGAGACUGCAGAUGAGUAUUUCGAUGUGUAAGAGCCUACAGGGGACGUGCACUCUGAGGACCAGGCUUUCUCCUGAAGGCGGGGAUUUCUGAGCUCCACCCCCUUGAUCACUGACAGGUCUAAAUGCUGUUCUGUAUUCAGUAAUGCACUUUACUCAGGUAAUCUCUUCACAGGUAAACAAAAACAAAACAACAGUGAAUGUCAGAAUAAGGAGAAGGCUAUUGCUGCUGUUCUAUCCCAGUUACUAAAAAGAACGGCUUGGUCAUUGCCAACAAUGUAACAUCGUCAGCCAUUUUGUUGUCAGGUGGCCUCAAGAGGGCACUCAGCAGUCUGAAGGGAAAGGCUAAUUUUCUGAUUGGGUCAGAGCUCCAGGUUCUAUAUUUUCUGAUUGGGUCAGAGCUCCAGGUUCUAUAGGAAAAGUCAGGUGUAAAUGGUGUUCUGCGAUACCCUAGGAGGCCUGCAUUCACACUGCUCAUGCUCAUCAAGGAAUGAAACCACACCCUCUGCCAUGCCACUCAUAAGAGCCACUGCAAGGACCCACCUGUGGUGGGGUGAGGGGCGGGGCUGCUCCAAACCCCGCCCCUAUACCUGUGCGUCACCCAUAUACAGUAUACUCUGCUCAGCCAGGCUAAUAUCACUGUCAGCCAGAUCAAAGCCAUCCAGUCAGUGUCGACACACUCAGUGGUGAUGAAUUAUUAUCCUGAAGUCAUAUUUUAAUUGUUUUUCCUGUACAUAUAAAUACUCAAAUCGGUAAAACAGGACGUACUGACAAACACCCUAACCAAGAGGGGCCUUUUGUGUUUGUAAUGUCUUACUAUUCUAAAGUGUGCAUAAAGAUACUUCGCUUCUCUUCAGCCUACUACUGUACACAGUUUUAAUAAGUGCCUGUAAGUGCUUGUGAUGUUUACUGCUCUUUCAUUCAGACAGGUGAACUCUGGUGGAGAUGCCCUUUGUUUGAACACAGGUUGGACAUUUUGUUCCGAGCAGGUCCCUUGUAAUGGACACACUUAUAUUUUGAGUCAAACAAUGGGAUGUAAGCUAGCUGGAAAAGGGUAAUACCAGUUGUAAUGGAAGUAUUAAAUACAAUCAUUAUCUACUUUUUA